UGUGCUUCAGCCUUUACAUGAGAUUGCACCCUAAGUAAUUUUUUUUGUAUAAAAAAAAUAGUCAUCAAGCAAGGAAAAAUUUAUAACAGAAAUUAGAUUACUUUGCAAAUUGUAAAUAUAUAUAAAAUUCAAUUAAUUUAUUAGUGAAGUUAAGAUAUUUUUAAUAUUCACAUAAUGGCUACUAAAAGUGUCAAUGUGCUUUUACCAAACGGACAUCGUCAAAACAUAAAGGUUUCGCCAAAUACCACUAUUCUACAGGUUCUUGAUGAAGCUUGUCAAAAAUAUGGAUUACAAGCAGAGAAUUAUGAUAUUAAGAAUUUAAAUAAGGUACUGGAUGUUAAUUCAAGUUUCCGUUUCACAAACUUACCAAAUAAUGCACAACUGGAAAUGGUACCAUGUAUAAAGAAGAGAGAGUUGUUAAAUAUCACGAUUGGUCUUCAAUUAGAAGAUGGACAUCGCCUAAUGGGAGAUUUCCAACCCAACACAUUAUUGAAUGAAAUUCUUCUUAGUCUAGCUCCCUCUGAAUCUACCGAGACAGCUGUUGUAGUUUUCAUGCAUCAGGAGAUAUCUGGAAAAGACUUAGAAAAUACAACAUUAAGAUCCUUAGGACUUACUAAAGGAAAAGCCAUGUUAAGGCUCUUACAUCGUGAUCCUAAUAGCAAAAAAGAACAAGCUCACGUUUACAUUCCUGCAAAGAAACCUGUAUCCAAAGAAAAUGAUAAUCCAUCGACCUCUUCUUCAUUUACAAAAUUCAUUUCAAAUAAAAUUAUAGAUCCAAUUAAUUCCAUAAAAGCUGAAGUGUCGAAGCAAAUAAAGGAGCAUGAUCUGCGAAAAGAUCAAGAAAAAGAAACAGCAGGCUCUCAAAACAAAUCCAGUCAGAAGAUAAAAAAUAACGAAAAAACUACUACAGCUGAAGUAAAAAAGACCCCCAAAGUAAUUCAAAACAUAUUAAAGGAUAGUUUAAUUAAUGUUGCAUACCUGGGAGAGAGAAACGCCCUUGUAUUUAAUCAGGCUGGAGCGUUGCCUAUUUCUCAGGAAGAUUUGCCUGAUUCUUUCUUCGACUUAACAGUGGAGGAUGCAAAAGUGCUACUAAGAGAUGCAAAAAAAUCAAUUAAUAGGCUGGAAGAUUCUCCACUUUUAACUGAGGCGCUACGCGAAACAGAAAAUAAUAAGAAGAAGCUUGAGCAUGUAAAUAAGUACCACUGGGCUAUUAUUAGAAUACAAUUUCCUGAUCAACUUGUUCUUCAAGGAUUAUUUCGUCCUGAAGAAACUGUUCAAGAUAUUAAAAAUUUUGUUCGGAAUUAUUUAAAAAAUCCUGAAAAUGAGUUUGUGCUUUAUACGACUCCUCCUAAAACCGACUUGAAUCCAAACUGUCGACUUAUUGAUGAAAAUCUUGUACCUUCUGCAGUUAUUUAUUAUUCUGGUCACAGUCCUCUUAAACCAGAAUUAAAAAACAAGUUAACCGAUCCAUUAGUGGCUACUGUGGAAGCUAUGAAAGCAAGAAAAAUUAAGAAUCAAGAGACGUCAGAAAUUAAUGUUGUUUCGGAAGAAGCAAAAGAAACGUGUGUUGUAAGUGGUAAUACUAGCAUUGCGAGCAUUGAUGACUCUUCUGCAAAACCAGUACCAGGGACAAGUAAGCCUAACGAAUUACCUCAACAGAAAAUGCACACACCAACUUGGUUUAAAGGAUUAUUUAAAUAAUCUUCUUUAAAAAUAAUUGUACAAAACAAUGCUGUUAAGAAACUUAUAUUAUUAAAAUUUACCAAUCAUUUUUAA